UUGGUCGAGUUUAUCCAACCCAUAAACACUACUAUUGUUUGGACUUUUGUUAUGUAAUAAUCAAUAUAAAUAUAUUAUAAUUACAGCUUGAAAGCAUUCAACCAUUCUUUUACUUGCACCUUAUGUACAUUAAAUUACAUAAAAAUGACAGAAGCUGAGUUACUGUGAUAGGUUAUCCUUUUAUACCAGUUCUGUGAAGUGUGAUAUUGUGAAUCCAAUCCAAUUUGAUCAGAUUAUGUAUUGUUUGCAGAAACUAUAACUCAAAACACACAUUAGACACUUAAAAAAGCAAUUUUUCAUGUUGCUUUUAUUUCCACUGCUAUUAUUUUCUCAUAUCUCCUCUAACUUGACUUGUUUUUCACUGGUGUUUCGUGAUUCACACGUUUUCUUCCCUACAUUGCUUUUGCUUUUGUUUUUUUAUUAUUGUAUGGCUACCAUUUAAUUUCUAUGUUGCAAACGAUUAUCAAUGUUUUUACUACUCUAAUAGCCAUCGCUAAAUAAAAUAAGACAAUUUCUUUGAUUACUUGUUUUGUGCUGCGUCAAAAUUUGAUUUUGAGUUGGUUUUUCUUUCUUAACAAAAUUUGAUUGAGUUGUUUUUGGGUCCUUCAGCUUGUUUCUGUGAGAUGAAUUAAUUGACAUAUGGAAACAUUAAACAUUAUGAAUAGAUGACAAAUAAAAAAUUGUGUACCUAAGUUCGGUCUUUUCAAGUCAACGUAAGUGACAGUAUUUGGAAAGCGUCAUGGAUGGGUAGAAAGUGGUCAUGUUAUAUUAAAUUAACUCAUCUGAUUGGCUCCACUUCCCAUAGUGCGUCUUUGCAGGAAUUGACUCCCAAGUCAAGUCAUGCAAAUAGCAAUGUUAAAAAAAUAUGAUCAAUCAUUGUUAGUGUGUUUAAUGGUGUGGGUUGUUAGGAUCUUGAAGCUGGACAGCAAUCAAAUUUUGAUUAUUUUUGCUUUUGUUUCCGUGUUUAUCAUUUCAUACUACAAAGCUUAAUUUGACGAACAAAACUGCAUGUAUCUCCGUGUUUUGAAUUUGGCUAUAAAUAUGACCAAUUAUGAUUGCUAAACAUUCCCAUUCCACUGGCCCUUUCCUUAAUUUCUUUUCUACUGUUGUGAGGUUUGAAUGCAAUCAUCGAUGAGGUUGAGGCUGUUGCUUGUACUUUUACUUGUGUGUUUGCAUUUGCUACUCUCUCAUUUCACACCCUCCCAUUCCUUGUGUAAUCCCCAUGACAGCUUUGCCUUGCUUCAAUUCAAGAACUCAUUCACCUUCAAUACUACUCUUUAUGAUGAUCCUUUUUUAUAUCAUUCCUCUCAGUGCCUCCUUCCUCAUCAUAGGAUCAAAACAUGGGAAAAUGAGACAGAUUGCUGCUUAUGGCUUGGGGUCACGUGCCAUCCCAUUUCUGGUCACGUGAUCGGACUUGAUCUCAGCUGCAGUGGGCUUUUGGGUGAAAUCCAUCCAAACAGUACCCUUUUCCGUCUUUCUAAUCUCCAAUCACUGAAUCUUGCUCUCAAUGAUUUCUCUCAAUCUCCAUUGUCAUCUCACUUUGGAGGGUUUUCAAGUUUGACACAACUCAACUUGUCGUCUUCUAACAUUGGAGGAGAAAUUCCAUCCCAAAUCUCACAUCUUUCCAAAUUAGUCUCACUUGAUCUCUCUUGGAAUUCUUUUCAGUUAAAAUGGAAAGAAAGGAAUUGGAAGAGGCUGCUCCAAAACGCAACAGUUUUAAGAGAGCUUAUUUUGGAUGAAACAGAUAUGUCUUCAACUUCACUCAAACCACUCAAUCUCUCUUCCUCUUUGGUCACCCUUAGUCUUUUUGAUACUCGAAUAAGGGGAAACUUGACAAAUGAUAACAUACUCUGUUUACCAAAUCUUAAACACCUACAUUUGUCAUCUAAUGAUCUUGAAGGGCAGCUUCCGAAAGUGAGUUGUAGCAUUGAACCAUCUCUGAGUAUCUUAGAUCUUUCAUAUGGUCAGUUGCAAGGGUCAAUUCCUCUCUCUUUCUCUAACCUCACACAUCUUACAUCCUUGGAUCUCUCAUACAACAACCUUAGUGGUUCAAUCCCAUCCUCACUUUUUACCCUUCCACUACUAACUUUUUUGCAUCUCAGAGCUAAUAAUCUCAGUGGUCAAAUCCCAAAUGUCUUCCAUCACUCAAACACAUUUCAAGAAAUAAAUUUGGGUGAGAACCAUAUAGGAGGUGAGCUUCCAUCAUCACUUUCAUACCUUCAACAUCUCAUUCGAUUAGAUCUUUCAAAGAAUGAAUUUAGCGGUCAAAUCCCAGAUGAGUUUGGUGGGCUAAUCAAUUUGGAAGCGGUCAGUCUCAGUGAGAACAAAAUAGGAGGAAAAAUCCCAUCUUCAUUGUUUGACUUAACUCAUCUUUCUCUUCUGAAUUGUUCUUAUAAUCAAUUAGAGGGCCCUUUGCCCACCAAAAUAACUGGCCUCUCUAACCUAUUUCAAUUAUACUUAAAUAACAAUUUACUAAGAGAGACAAUUCCGGCUUGGUGUUUGUCUUUGCCAUCUUUGGGGAUUUUAAAUCUAUCCACUAAUCACUUCACACACUUCACAUGGCCUACAAGUGCAAUCCCAUCGUAUUCCCUGGUGUAUCUAGAUUUGUCCAACAACAAGCUGCAGGGAAAUAUUCCACAAUCACUUUUCAGCUUUCCAAAUCUUUUUGUCUUAGAUCUAUCAUCAAACAACUUGAGCGGACAUUUUCCACUCUUUUCCAUGCUUCCAAAUCUGGGGUCUCUUUCCCUAUCACAUAACAGUAAAUUAUCACUAAGCUUCACAUCCGAUGCCAAUUACAGCUUCUACCCGCUUACAAUUUUGGAGCUAUCUUCCCUCACUUUGACUGAAUUUCCCGAAUCCUUACGACAAUUCCAGAGUUUGCGACAUCUGGAUCUGUCCGUUAACAAAAUUAAUGGAAAAAUACCCAAUUGGUUACAUGAAAUGAAUUCAUUACAAUUUUUGAACCUAUCCCAGAACCUAUUGACAUCAUUGAUGGGCAAUUUCCCUGACAAUCUUGGUAGCCUUGAUGUUAGUUUCAACUUACUCACUGGUGGCAUCUCUUCCUCAAUUUGCAAUGCAAGUUCCCUUGAGGUUCUCAACUUGUCUUACAACAAGUUAACAGGAAUUAUUCCACAAUGCCUUGGGAGCUUAUCAUACCUUGAAGCUUUGCAUCUUCAAAUGAAUGAACUCUACGGAUUUUUGCCAAAUUUCUUUCCAAACAACAGCAUGCUUACUGAUCUAAAUCUCAGUGGAAACCAGUUACAAGGUUCAUUGCCUACAUCUUUCUCCAAAUGCACACAGUUGCAGGUUUUAAAUCUCGGCAACAAUCAAAUUGAAGAUACAUUUCCUUAUUGGCUUCACACACUGUCAAAUUUGAAAGUACUGAUUUUAAGAGCCAAUAAGUUCCACGGUGAUAUCACUAGUUUGAAGACCAAGCACAUCUUGCCAAAUUUAACUAUUUUUGAUAUCUCGGGCAAUAAUUUCAGUGGCUCAUUACCAAUAGCCUACAUACAAAAUUCUAAAGCAAUGAAGAAUUCUAUUGGAAUGGAAAGCUAUAUGCAAUUUGAGAACAGGAUAUCUCGUAGGUACGACCAGUAUUUAUGGUAUCACUUUCAAUUAUAUGAUUCCAUGGUUGCAACAGUUAAAGGGAUCAAUAUGAUGUUCGCAAGAAUUCCUACCAUCUUUGCAGUUAUUGAUCUGUCAGCAAACAAUUUUGACGGAGAGAUUCCAAAUGAAAUUGGAGAGCUUCAUGCAGUCAUAGCGCUCAACCUUUCCCAUAACAAACUCGUAGGUCCUAUUCCUCAAUCCAUUGGAAAUUUGAAAGGUCUUGAAUCAUUGGAUUUUUCCUCAAAUAUGCUCACUGGUAGGAUUCCUUCAGAGUUAAGCAAUCUAAACUUUCUUGAAUUCUUGAAUCUUUCCCACAACCAUCUUGUGGGAGAAAUACCUCAAGGAAAGCAAUUCAAUACAUUUUCAAAUGAUUCCUAUGAGGGAAACUUGGGGUUAUGCGGGGUCCCUUUGUCAAUAAAAUGUGACACAAACUCUGAACAUCCUUCUUCACCUUCAUCAACCUUGUGGAAUGAACAAAAAUUUGGUUUUGGUUGGAAACCAGUGGCAAUAGGAUAUGGAUGUGGAAUGGUAUUUGGGGUGGCCUUGGGAUGUUGUGUAGUGUUAACAGGGAAGCCUCAAUGGCUUGUGAGGAUGCUUGGAAGUCAACCUGAUAAAAGGGUGAAAAGAAGGACAAGGAUUAUGUCUCAUGCAAGAAUGAAUGUGCAGAUCUCAUAAUUGAUACAUGUGUCUUAUUGUAGUUCUUUUCAAUUUAAUUUAGGUUGUCUUUCUUGGAAGAGAAAAAUAUAUUACUGUUCAUCUUGUUGGAGUUUUGAGUUGCAAGAGUUGUACUUUAUUUGGGGUGUGAUUGCAAUAUGUAGUAUUCAAUAAAAUUGUAACUCCACUCUGUC